UGCAGAAAAGCGUUCAGCCCGGAUGAAACAAUUUUCACCAUACACACUGUAACAAGCUCAUUUUCCAUAGCCAUAUCGUCAUGACGCGAAGCAGGAUGGCCUUCUCUCCUGCUCUCUCUCUCCUCUCAACCCCCAAACUCCGCCCACAUUCCCUAUUCAUCUCACCCCUAAACUCCACCUCCAAACUCCAUCCCGUUUUCCCUUUCCUCUCACCCUUUCUCUCCCUAAAACUACUCAGACCCAUUUCAUCCCCACACAACCAGAAACCCAGAGUAAAACCCCUUUCUCUCUCUAUUUCUGGCGACUCCCUAUUGGUUUUUCAAGAUGGGUCUUCCUCUUUGCGUGAAAACCGCUCCCCUUGGCCUGAAAAUCACUCAUCCGACUGUUUUUUACCGGAAAACCACUACUCGGGCAGUUUCGUGCCGGAAAAGCGGUACUUGGAGUGCUCAUUGCCUGAAAAAAGAUCAAAAGUUGCAGUUUUAGUGAGUGGUGGGGUUGAUAGUAGUGUGGCUUUGAGGCUUCUCUGCUAUGCUGGCCAUUCUUGCACUGCAUUUUACCUAAAAAUCUGGUUUCAGGAGGAUUUUGAAAACUUUUGGUCCGCAUGCCCGUGGGAUGAAGAUUUGAAGUAUGCAAAAGCUGUUUGCGAUGAGGUUCAUGUUCCACUAGAAGUUGUUCAUUUGACAGAUGAGUAUUGGAAUAAUGUGGUGUCUCACAUUAUCUCUGAAUACCGAAGUGGCCGUACGCCAAAUCCAGAUGUUCUUUGCAAUACAAGAAUCAAGUUUGGUGCUUUUCUGGAUGCUAUAGGCAAUAUGGAUUUUGAUUAUGUUGCUUCCGGGCAUUAUGCUCGUGUAGUUCAUCCACCUCCAGAUCAACCUGAUGCAUCUUCAGCCCUAGAACUAUCUGCUGAUAAGGUGAAAGAUCAAACCUACUUCCUUUCACAUCUUUCGCAGACCCAACUUAAUCGUCUUUUGUUUCCUCUUGGCUGUCUUUCAAAGGAUGAAGUUCGCAGACUUGCAGCAAAGAUGGGUCUUCCCAACAAAGACAGGAAAGACUCACAAGGAAUAUGUUUCCUUGGGAAGCUGAAAUUCAGUGACUUUGUCACAAGACACAUCGGGGAGAUGGAAGGUGUCCUAUUAGAAGCAGAAACUGGAGAUUUCCUUGGGAAACACCAGGGUUAUUGGUUCUAUACAAUUGGUCAACGUCAAGGCCUUCGUCUUCCUGGUGGACCAUGGUAUGUUGUCAAUAAGGAUAUUGAAAACAAUGUGAUAUUCGUAUCAAGAAACUACUUUUCUUUUGAUAAAAAGAGACGGAGUUUUCGUGUGGGUUCAUUGAAAUGGUUGUCUGGGGCACCUCCGGAGCACCUUGAUCAGCUUCAAUGCAAGGUUCGCCAUGGUCCCUGCUUUUAUGAUUGCACCUUCAAGAUAGAAUCACGAUGUGAUGAACAUGAAGAUUCAGCUCUUAUCCAUAUAUCAGAAGACGAUCAAGGAUUGGCAGCUGGGCAAUUUGCUGCCUUUUACCGUAAAAAUGUUUGCAUCGGGUCUGGCAUUAUCUUGGAGUCAUGGGAUGAUCAAAACUUUUCAGUUUGCUCCAAGGCUCUUGAGAGAGCAAAAAUGGAGGACAAAUCUAAAUUGGGUUUACCCAUCAAAAUUAAGGUAAAAUCUGAGCCCAAUCCAAAGGGUUUUGAUUGUAAAGACAAUGAGCUUUUGCUUGCAGAGCCCAAAACUGACGAAAAGCUGAGUGUAGCCAUGGAUUGGUUUCAGAGACUAAAAACACAAUGGUUGCAUUUAUUCUAAUUCAGUAUUUUCUGGGUUUUACUAGAAAUUUGUUCA